AUGUGUAGGUUCCUGAUAUUUAAGGGCAAAGAGCCGAUCAGACUUUCACAUCUAUUGACGAGGCCAGCGCAUUCUAUUAUAAACCAGUCAUUUGACAGCCGGCUACGGUUAGAUAGGAGGAGACCGAUCAACGGUGAUGGGUUUGGUGUAGCUUAUUACCCACUAGACAAGGAGUUGGAAGAGGACGGCCCAUGCUUGUUCAAAGCAAUUACACCUGCAUGGAACAACCAAAACCUGGAGACAUUAGCUGAGAAGACGAAGUCUAGUCUUGUAUUUGCGCAUGUGAGGGCGUCUACGUAUGGUGUACUUUCGGAGACGAACUGUCAUCCAUUCACGUACCAUAGUUUAUGUUUUAUGCACAACGGAGGGAUUUCGAAUUUCAAGAGGAUCAAGAGAGUUUUGCUAAAUCACAUAGACGACGAGUAUUUGAACUUCUUACAAGGUGGUACGGAUUCUGAAUGUGCAUUUGCACUGUUUCUGGACACAUUGCACAAGCUCGGCCACGAUCCUCGCAAACGGGACGGGGAUUUUGGGCAUGAGGCCCUGCGGAGUGCUUUGCUGAAGACUAUAGAGUAUAUCAAGGACUGGACCCUAGCCCUUCGAAAGGAUAGCCGUCUUGAUGGCGAGCUGGACAGUGAGCCCUCUUUGUUGAACUUUGCGGUGACGGAUGGGUCUACUGUUGUGGUGUCGCGAUACAUCACGUCUCGGACAGACGAGGCGGCCUCGCUGCAUUUCAGCAGUGGUUCGCGGUUCAUAGAGACCAGCCCUGGCGAGUACCGCAUGGAGCGUCUGGACCGGAACCAGGACGUGAUCAUGGUCGCCUCUGAGCCGCUCACCUUCGAGCGCGGGGACUGGACUGCGGUGCCCACGAACAGCGUGCUGACGAUACGCAAGCAGACGAUACUGCUGCACCCGAUAGUUGACGAGUACUACCAGGAGGACCCGCUGUACCUGCGCAGCUCGAAGCUGGCCGAGAGCAAGGGCCUCAUGGGCGCCGUGCCGCUCGCCAAAGCGGUGGAGAAGAACGUCCCACCGCUGGAGCGGGAGGGCCGCUCGCGGCCCAUCUCCGCGACAGCCCACCUGGUGUGA